GCCUCUAGUCCUUUGCACUAUCUAUUCAUUUCAGAUGAGUCCAUCAUUCUAAAGUCUCAGACUGAGAAAAUUCUUCAAAAUCAGCUUCCUUGUUGAGCAAGUGGAGGAAGGGGAGACCUAAGAGUCCACUAUCAUUUUGGAUAUCUUUCUCUGACUGCCAGGUAUCCUAUCACUUUUGACCCGAGAUGGUGGAUAUCCCAGAUUUUCCUCGUUUAUUCCAGAGUUCUUCUUUAACCAGUUGUUUCCUCCUCCUUCUCUAUCUUAUGGAGGUGAAUGCAGAAGAAGAAAUGGUGAUUGGUCAUAGAGAACCUAUUCUGGCCAUGGUUGGGGAGGAGGUGGAGUUUCCCUGCUAUCUACCUUCCAAACUGGAUGCAGAAGACAUGGAGAUACGCUUUUUCCGGAACAAAAUCUCUGAAAUCGUCCAUAUCUACCAGGAUAGGCAGGAGCCAUUCAACAGACAGAUGGUACAAUACCAGGGCCGGGCACAAUUAUUGAAGGAUUACAUACAGGAAGGAAGUGUGGCCUUACGUCUCCUCCACAUUAUUCCUGCUGAUGAAGGUCAAUAUGGAUGCCUCUUUCAAUCUAAGGACUUCUCCAACAAUGCUACCUGGGAGCUGGAAGUUGCUGGGCUGGGCUCCGAUCCAAAUAUAUACAUCGAAGGUUUUGAAGAUGGAGGCAUCCUACUAAGGUGUAGUUCCAAAGGCUGGUACCCCAAACCAAAGGCUAUAUGGAAAGAUUAUCAAGAACAACAACUACCUGCCCUAUCAAAAGCUAUAACCCAGGAUGCUCAAGGACUGUUCCACUUGGAAAUGUCUGUGGUGGUCAAAGAGGGAGCCCAUAGCCAUGUGGCUUGUUCUAUCCAGAACACCCUCCUUGUGCAAAAGAAAGAAUUUACAAUUCAUAUAGCAGAUGUGUUUUUACCAAAAAAUUCUGUGUGGAGAGGAUCAUUCAUUGGAACCUUCAUGGGGCUGGUUAGCCUUCUGGUGCUCUGCAUGAUUCUAGCAUUCUAUUUCUUCCAGAAGCAACGAAGAUCCAAAGAAAAACUGAGGAAAAAGUCAGAGAAAGAAAAAGGAAAACUCACAGCUGAGUUGGGUAAGCUUCAGACAGAAAUUGAUUGGAGAAGAGCAGAAGGACAAGCUGAAUGGAGAGCAGCCAAAAGAUAUGCAGUGAACGUAACUCUGGAUCCAGAUACUGCUCAUCCCAGCCUUAAGGUCUCUGAAGAUGGCAAGAGUGUUCUCUAUUGGAAUAUUAAGCAGGACCUGCCGGAUAACCCUAAGAGAUUUGAAAACCAACUUUGUGUCUUAGGUCAGGAAGGUUUCAUUUCAGGGAAGCACUAUUGGGAGGUAGAGGUGGGGGAGAAAAGCAGGUGGCUCUUUGGUGUGUGUUCUGACUCAGUGGACCGCAAAGUAGAGGUAAAGCUAUGCCCUGGGACUGGUUACUGGGUGAUAGGACUGUGGAAUGGCUGUGAGUAUUUUAUCUUUAAUCCUCAUCGGGUUUCUCUAACAUUGAGAGUGCCUCCCAGGCGAGUAGGGGUCUUCUUGGACUAUGAGGCUGGAAAGGUCUCUUUCUUUAAUGUAACUGACAACUCCCACAUAUUCACCUUCACUGACAAAUUCUCUGGGACUCUUCGCCCCUAUUUUCGGCCCCGAUCCCAUGAUGGAGGAGAACAGGUCAUUCCUUUGACCAUCUGCCCAUUGCCCAACAAGGGUGAUAGAGUAGCUGCUGAAGAUGAUGAUUGUGACACGUGGUUACAACCCUAUGAUUUAUCAGAGAGUGCUGAUUGUGACAUCUGGUUACAACCCCGUGAUUUAUCAGAUAGUGCUGAAAUUAGGAUCCUUAAGAACUGGGAAGAGUAACUUUCUCAAAAUGUACAAUCUGUGCAUUGGGGAAAUCUCCACCGUCCAAGUCUCCCAGAAAGCAACAAAGCAUCAGCACACAAAUACUAUGUAGUCAGUUCAGAAUGAUCUAUAAUCCUGGAAAAGGAGAAGGCAUACUAAGUGGAGGGUGAUUUGACUAAUUCUUUAAGUUUUACCUGCUUCUAGCCCCCUCCUCCCCAAUCUUUUUACUAGAGUUGUUCAUGGACUAAUUAGAACUUUACCUAUAUCCCUGAUCCCAACUUGGGCUUACUGACAUUCCCACUCUCUGGUCAUAAUAAGUCAUCACUAUGUCAAAAUAGCAGGCAACAAAAGGGAAAGAAAAGAGAGGGGUAUGGAUAUUUGUGAAAUAAUCAUCCUCUCUUCUAGAUGAGAAAUAAAUAAAUGAUAUAUUUCUUAAAUAUUCUUAAUGAACCAAAAAGGAAAUAUGUUGAUUAGUCAUAAGCACUUAACUAUCAUACUACAGGAACAAUGUGGCUGUUACUUAAACAAUAUGUUGUGGAUUUAUUUUUAAAAGAACAUCUAUUUGCUAAAGGUUUGGUAAUAAGAAAGGUUUUAUAAAUUAAAAGUAUUUUUUUAAAGCUUGACUCUGGGAUUUAUUUAUUCACUCAGCCUGUUCUCAUUGAUCUCAUAAAGGAUGUUUAAUUAUAUUUUGCUGUUUACAGUAUAAUCAGAUGAAAUAAAAUCUUUUUAAAAAUGA